CAGGGAAUCGCCGUGGAAACCAUCUAACAUGGAUCUCAAUUUCUUCACCUCAGCUUGUCGUGGAUUACCCCUUAUUGCCUCGAUCCGCAUACGCGAGGUCCGCAUUCAGACUCAAAGUGGUUCCCUCCUGAAGUCAGAGUUUGAGUACUUCCUCAAUCUCAUGGAUGCGCCUGAGGACCUCAACGAAGAGGAUAAUGCGACGAGCCUAUAUGCCUUAUCGCUCGAGAAUUCGCUCACGAGUAGUAAAGAAUUACCAUGAGGUACUCGGAAUGAUUAUUGCGGUGCGGAGGGAACUCGGCGUAUAUGACAUAUCACAGCUCCUAGGAAUCACUGAGGAUGAAGUCUACUCGACACUAAAACCCAUCGGCUCAAUAGUCAAUAUUCCCUCUGGCAACACAAAGUACAUCAACUUUUACCACGGAACGGCACGGGAAUUCAUCACGGGCGAUCCCAUCGGUGAGGAAGAAGACAAAGUAUUCUUUAUUAGCGACACGGAAGGACACUUCCUUGGACCACGGCUCCUUCGAAUUGUCAAUGAUGUCAUUAAAAGGAACGAGUUUGGUGUCCCCACCAAACCUCCUUUGGGAGAUGAAAAGAAGUGGCAGCAUUCUCUGAGCCGAGCGCGACCCAAUCACAUCAAAUACGCGUUUGAACAUGUGUUCAACCACUUGGACCGAUCGCUACUCAUUUCACAAGACCCUAACGAAUUGCAGAGAGAGUUUGAGGAAUUCCUUGCACGAAACUUAUUCUCACUCUUCUCAACGGUGCACCGCACGUAUUUUUAUCGGCGCAGUGAUUGGGACCAAGGCGAUAAUCACAGGAUAACAGAACUCAUGAGAGAAGUUCACGAAUUGUUCGACGACUCGGCGUGCGUUUAUGAAAUCACGCCCUGGCAUUUCUAUAGAUCUAGCCUUCCAUUCAUUCCAUCGUCGUCACUCAUUUUCGAAUGGUAUGGCCAUCUCUCGGACCCCAUUCAUGUCUUCAGCAUCUCCGGCGACUUUGCUGGUCGCUUGAUCCCCCUAAGUGACGAUGCACUUCAGGCUCAAGAAGCCAUGAGGGCGAGGCAGAGAGAAUUACCAACCUCUCUUGAUGAGCAGGGCAGAAAGACAUUAGUGAUCAAUUAUAGGGACGAGUUUCUUGACAACGACGUUCGUAAUGGCACUGUGACUUGUGCAGCACUCUCGAGAGAUGGUCGUCACAUUGCACUCGGAUUCGGAAGUGGCGUAAUCGAGGUAGCUGACAUUGACGAUCAGUGCACGGUCUCUAGAUUCCGAGGCGAUCCUCUCAGUCUUCCCGCUUGGAUUGAAUUCGUCCAAGGUCGCACCGUUUGCAUUGCCACCGAGGACACUGAUGGAAACAUCUCGAUUCUCGGCCAUAGCACGCGUUUGGUGAGGCUCGGUCCUCUCCCCAGCGACCCAUACCCUGCUGUGACCGCAGUGUCGGACAAUGGCUCUUUCGUCUUACGAGUCCCGCGAAAUCCAGAAAAGGGCUGCGUCUCCGUUCACUCCUUCCGGUCCUUCUACUGUUCAGCCUCUUCAACCUCGUUGCAGGUCGUCCUUUCCUUUGCGCCACAUGAUUGGAUUCUCUCCUACAGGUCGAUAUGUCGGCGCUUACGAUAAAAAUGACGCUUUUGUUUGGUCAACAGACUCAUGUCAAUUGGUAUCUCGAUUUUGCGUCCACGAUCUCAACAAUUGGAUUAUCAACACCGGUGUUGUACCUCCUUGCUCAUAUGCCAC